AUGCCCCAGCACGGAAUGGGGGACAAGCCCUUCCCCUCCACGCCGCAGCUGGUCUUCCCCAGCCCGCCCUCGGCCCUGGAUGACGGGUAUGGCCGCGUCCCCCCCAGUAGGCGGGGGUCUCUGGGCUCACCCCUGAGCCUGGGCGCCCUGUGCGCCACCACCCACAGCCCCCUGGACUCCUGCAGCCAGCCGCUGUGUGAGCCAAGGGCCCAGAAGCACAGCCCCCGGACGGCCCACGCGUCGUGCUACUCGUCUGGGCCCCGGAGCUCGGAGUGCGGGUGGGGAGCCUUUGCCCCCGAAUGCCUGCAGGCCCUCAACACUCCGCGGGCCUUCCUGGUCUUCCUGUGCGCGGCCUCCUUCCUGCAGGGCAUGACCGUGAAUGGCUUCAUCAACACGGUCAUCACCUCCAUCGAGCGGCGCUACGACCUGCGCAGCUACCAAAGCGGCCUCAUCGCCAGUGCCUACGACCUGGCCGCCUGCCUCUGCCUCGCCUUUGUCGGCUACUUCGGGGGCAUCGGGCACAAGCCCCGCUGGCUGGGCUGGGGCGUGCUGGUCAUGGGGGCCGGCUCCCUGGUGUUCGCGCUGCCCCACUUCACCGCCGGCCCCUACGAGGUGGAGGUGGACGAGGGCCUCGGGACGUGCCCGGCCAACCGCAGCGUGGCGUGCCGGGGCCGCGCCUCCAGCCUGUCCGGCUACCGGCUGGUCUUCGUGCUGGGCCAGUUCCUGCACGGCGCGGGUGCCACGCCGCUCUACACACUGGGUGUCACCUUCCUGGACGAAAACGUCAAGUCCAGCUACUCACCGGUCUACAUCGCCAUCUUCUACACGGCGGCCAUCCUCGGCCCCGCGGCGGGCUACCUGAUCGGAGGCGCCCUGCUGAACAUCUACACGGAAAUUGGCCGGCGGACCGAGCUGACCACUGAGAGCCCGCUGUGGGUCGGUGCCUGGUGGGUGGGCUUCCUGGGUGUUGGGGCCGCUGCCUUCCUUACUGCGGUCCCCAUCCUCGGCUACCCACGGCAGCUGCCAGGCUCCCAGCGUUACGUGGCCAUGAGAGCCUCUGAAACAUACCAGCUGAAGAAGAGCGGCGGCACGGCAGCCAGCGGCCCUGACUUCGGGAAAACCAUCAGAGACCUGCCUCUUUCCAUCUGGCUCCUCCUGAAGAACCCCACGUUCAUCCUGCUCUGCCUGGCUGGGGCCACUGAGGCCACGCUCAUCUCCGGCAUGUCCACAUUUGGCCCCAAGUUCCUCGAGUCACAGUUCAGCCUGAGCACCUCUGAAGCUGCCACCUUGUUUGGGUACCUGGUGGUGCCGGCGGGCGGGGGCGGCACCUUCCUGGGCGGCUUCUUUGUGAACAAGCUGAAGCUCCGUGGCUCGAGCAUCAUCAAGUUCUGCCUGACCUGCUCCCUGACCAGCCUGCUGGCUAUCCUGGUCUUCUUCACCCACUGCCCCAAUGUGCCCAUGGCAGGUGUGACCACCCACUACAAUGGCAGUGUCUUGGCCGAGGGCCGCCUGGAGCUGACGGCCGCCUGCAACGCCGCCUGCAGCUGCCGGCCGGAGCACUACAGCCCGGUGUGCGGCUCCGACAGCCUCCUGUACUACUCCCCCUGCCAUGCGGGGUGCCUGGGGGUGGCCGCGCCUGGCCCGGGCGGCCAGAAGGUGUACCAAGACUGUAGGUGUGUCCUUCAGAAUCUUUCCUCUGGUUUUGGCAAUGCUACCGCAGGGAAAUGCGCCUCAGCUUGCCUGAGCAAGCCCUUCCUUCUGGUUUCCAUGUUCGUUGUAAUUAUCUUUACAUUCCUCAGCAGCAUUCCCGCACUGACGGCAACUCUACGGUGCGUCUGUGACCAGCAGAGAUCCUUUGCCCUGGGAAUCCAGUGGAUCGUUGUUAGGACUCUAGGGGGCAUCCCGGGGCCCAUCGCCUUUGGCUGGGUGAUCGACAAGGCAUGCCUGCUGUGGCAGGACCAGUGCGGCCAGCAGGGCUCCUGCUUCCUGUACCAGAACGAGGCCAUGAGCCGGUACAUGCUCGUCGCGGGGCUGGUGUACAAGGUGCUGGGUUUCCUGUUCUUUGCCACUGCAUACGUCCUGUACAAGUCCCUGUCUGGGUCUCCCCACGGCCUGGAAGCCUCUCUGCCCAGCCAGUCCUCGGCCUCCGACCACCCCACGGACCUCCAGGGUGCCCCCUCAGACCUCCAGCUCCAGAGCAACGUCUGA